AUAUCAAUACACUAUAUGAACAAAAGACUGAAAAAAACAAUAAAGGGGAUUAACCGCAGUUUGACAGGAAGCGUCCGUCUCCGUCCCAACGUUCGCCUUGCAUCGGGAACUGUUGUUGAUGGGAUAGGCCCGGGAAAACGAAAAUAUAAAAAGUUGCCGAUAUCCUGCAAAGGACAUUGUAGGGUUAUCUGCUGGUUUCCAUGUGCGAGUGAAAGUGACAAAGGAAUACGUUUAGAAUCUACUGAUUCUGGGGAAGACUCCAACAGAGAUGUGGGAAUACCCACAAAGGUACGGCAAGGAGAAACCGAUGAAGAAAUAUCCAGAGAAAUAUCAAGGAUGAACACAAACUCGAAUGAGAGCGCGUCAUCUACAGAUGACAAUGGUCGACAACCUCGCAUUUCAGAGUCGAGCUGUGGGAAACGGAAAAAUAGAAUUCCAUUGUCACCAUUACCACUAAAGAGAAAUCGUCGAGGACCGAUUGAAAAUGACAACACCGAAGGGGUGCUUUGCCAUCCGCAAAGUCAAGACGAAGAAAACUACCAGUCAGAGGAAACUCCAUUGAAGCAAAAUCCCGACAAAAGAAAGGCAGAACCAAUCCCGGUCAAUUUAAACAAAGUGUUUUUUCAUGAGACAGAUAUUAAAGCAAAACGCCCGUCGUCGGUCCUCGACGAUUCUGAAAGUCUCAGUCCACCUUCAUCCCAAAGUGACUUUAUGCCGUUAUCUCAAAGCGACGGGGAUGUCUUCUCCCAAGACGAUUUUUAAGAAAAAUCUUUCGCACUGAACUGCACCUAUUGUUGUAGAUUGAUACACUGCAGAAUGAUGCUAAGCAGACCUGCGCCUCCAAAGGCUAUUUUUUAACCCCCGAAUGGCUAUUAUAGUCGUAUCUCGGGCUUUUGAUCAUAAAUUAUAUCAACUCCUGGUACAGGAAGGAAACUGUCAGUCUGUAUGCAUCUAAAAAGCACUGAAUAUUGUGAUUUAUUUACUAAUAGCCCUCAAAUUGAUUUUUCUGUUUCUUUUCCGCUAUGUCGUUUUUUGCUGAUUUUAUUACUAUCCGUGUUUCUUCAACAACAACGCCACCCGGUAUAAUCCAUACGCUUGGGUCGAUCCCGUAGAAACUUUAUGUGCCCGAAUUCACUCCAAAUCAGAAAAAAGGUGGGUAUCCUGUCGCUGUGUAUGAAGAAUACUGGUACUGUUUAGAUGAUGUUGUAGACAGUUAUGAAUACGUUGAAAAGGUAAAUAUCUUGCCUGUCACUGAUAAGUCCGUCUAGAGCAAUGGUCUAUCAAAAUAACAAGGGGGGAUCUUGCACAUGUUGUUGCUAAUAACAGCAGUUGUCGGGAGACGAAACUAUCAGUCCUUUGUUUCGAAACAAUACUGUCUUGAACCAAUCAGUGUUGCGGGGUCAUGGCACAUGCGCAUAUUCACACAGCUGUUCUGUCUGCGACCACACAAUUCUUGAACUACUUGCCAGGGCUUCAAGUGAUAAUGCGCAUGUGCAAGGACCUCAAAACGGGGGCUAGUGCAUGUCUGGAAGACGGGUAUGAUCAUCUCCCGAACAAGCAGGAAAAGUAAAAAAAUUGGCUUAUCUUCGUCAUUAACAGAAGGCCCAGCCCCGAGCCCCCUAACUCUACACCCUUGGUCUAGAGUCAAUAGAAAGAAGGCCUCACAUCAAGCUAAACAACUGUUGCCAGUCAGAGGUGGCACAAGAAAUCUUCAGACAGAGGGGCUGGAGCUUCCGACAGGGGGGUUAAAAUGACUAUAAUAAGCAGUUUUCGUACGUUAUUUUGUCAAAUUUGCUCCGACAAUAACCUAAAAUUUCCUCCGAUAGGGGAGCUAGGUGCUUCCGACGGAGGGGCUGUAGCCCCCCCUAGCCCUCCCCUGGUGCCACCACUGUUGCCAGUUAAAGAUGAUCUCUGCCUGCUUUGUACAUGUCUCAGGCAUAGACUAUGUCUCAGGGCACUCGGGCAAAACCUCAAAGCAGGGACCGGCUAGAGCCCCCAGCCCCAACAGUUGUCCUGGGCAGCCUCUCCCCAAUAGGAAUUUAGUUCCGACAGCACUGAGACAUCAGCUUUAUUAUGAACUGGAUGGUGAAAUGGUUUGGGUGCUCAACGUGCUGAUAGCUAAGAUUAAGAUGACAUAAAAGUAUGUUGAGAACGCUGAAUAACUCACCUUGGUUUUAAUAAAUUUUAAUCAUUGACUUAGAUGUAAUUCGUAGUAAUCGUUGACUUUACAAAGCUUGAUUAAAUGAAAUUUAAUCACGUUUAAUAUGUGACAGGGUACGCCUUUUAGGUGCCCCUUGGGCUUUUGUUUUUGGGCACAGAUUGCACAAUUGUGGAGUUCGUGUUUAUUGUAGCAGUGCUCGAGUAAGCUUUACAUUGUGUAUUUUAUACGGCUAAAGCAACCAGCGUGCAAGUGUGCAUUGGCUUUGGGUAUAUAAACUUUGUCUUAGCACAGUUUCAUUCUCACACGUUGCACGACAACUUGAAGUUGGACUUUGGAGAGGGAAGGUUUUUCCUUUGCGACCCUGCCCACCCAACCCUUGUCUAGAAAUUUUCAGGGGUUUUUAUUUACAUGCAUGCUGACUUUCUACUUAUUUUCGUGCAUUAGUUAAUGGCCGUAUGGCUUGCGACUUUUUGCAUGAACAAGGUGCUGCUAGUCGGCGGAAGAAGGCCAUUGUUCUUCUUCUCAACCCCCUCAAAAACGGUUGGGGUUUUCAUUUAUGGCCGUCUUUGCGAUUGGCGCACCGACAGCCCAAA